AAAAAAACGAAAAUAAUGAAAAAAAUCAUUAUACCCAGUUUAAUUGAUACUUAUGGUUUAAUAAAAUUUUGGGAUUUUGAUUGUGGUGGUCCUAGUCAAAAUACAUCACAAUGUUAUACCAAAAGAAAAAUAACUGUACCCUCACCUAUAAAGAAAAUGUCUCAUCAAAUUCGUGCAGUUUCAAGUCCAUCCCUAACCUCUGAUAUAACAACCCCAGAAGCAGCAUCAGCAUCAGCAGGAACAGCCAACAAUAAUAUCCCCGAACACCAAAGAGUACCAUCUAGUAAUUCAUCAUAUACCACAACUAGUCAUGAGGAUUGCCAAACCACUAACCAACAUAAUACUGCCGCCACUAACUCUAUUGCCUCCACCACCUCUUCCAACUCCACUUCUGCCAGUUCAACACAAAAUGUUGGAGUUUUACAGAAAUUCAAACGUACAUUAACCAAUUUCAACAAACAUCAACCGUCAGUCAAUGCCACAAAUCAAACACCAGCAACAACAUCAGUUCCAAGCACCUCAACAACAACAACAGCAGCAGCAGGAGUUUCAGACUCUUCUGCCUUUCUAAUGGCCGGCGAUACAGAAAUGCAAACGGAUGUUACAGAUGGCUGUAGCAAUACGGCUGUUAGUAAUAAAUAUAGAUUUGGCCCCUUAGUAUGGCGUACAUCAAAGGAACGACGUAAAACAAAAUAUAAUCGUCGUGACAAAUGUAACAGUGGUGAUUCGGGCAUACAAAUUGAAUUAGAGAAUGAUGAACAAUUUGCUCGAGUUUUGGCGGCAGGUGGCAGUAGUGGUGGCAUACAUGUUGCCAAUCUUAAUGGCAGUUUGUUUAACAGACAACAAGAAGGAAUGAGUUCCCUACGAGUACGUGCCGUACGACGCACCAAUUCCGCCAAAGUAACAUCAAUAAUAGAUGAGAAUACUUCUGCAUCGACCACACAUUCGAGUAAAGCUAACAUACUAAAACGCAUGGACAUGCAUAAUGAGAGAGAAGCACCCGAAUCGUUGCCCACACGUUCGAUAAGUCAACCCAAUGGUCUAGAGUCUUGUGGUAUGACACGCAACGAUUUAGACGAUAGUGACAGUGAUAGUGUAACAUCACAUGAAGAAGCCUCCAGUUAUUAUCCUAUUUUUGCUGAAGUGUUAUAUAAUUUUACUGCAGCAGGACCACAAGAGUUGGGCUUAGAAAAGGGUACAUUAAUUGAAAUACUACGUAAAGAAAUUGGCCCCUGGUGGUUUGGUCGCAUUAAAAAAGAAGAUGCUAGUUUAGUGGAGGAAAUUUUAGAUCCUGAAUUGGGUUGGUUCCCCAAAGAGUUUGUACGUGUUAUACAUUCACCCGAAACUGAUUUCUUCUAUCUACAACACAUGGGAACAGCAGCAGCAGCAACAACAACAGCAGCAGCAACAGAAUACAGCAAACCAGCUAACAACAGCAGCAUGGAAGAUAAUUGUAAUACCACCGUAAUUGAUCAGCAUAAUGUCACAACCAUUGUAAUUGAAUCAUCAUCAUCACCACCCACAUCUUUGACGACGACCUCGACACCUCAUUUUGUUGGCCUAUCAACUAAUGCGGCUAAUAAUGAUGCCGCAACAGCCAAUACUACCAUCACACAAGCCAUCCUAUCGACAUCACAAAGUCUUAAUGUCAUUAUGGAUAGUGCCGAUUUGUUGCGAAGAAGUGCUGUUAAAGAAUUAUUGGAUACGGAAGUUAAUUAUGUGAAAUUAUUGUCGGCCAUAUGUGAGGGCUAUUUACCUGCUAUGAGCAAACGUAUCGAUAUCUUUUCACCCAAUAGUAUACGUUUGAUUUUCUCCAAUAUAACAUCAAUUUAUAAGUUUCAACGUAAAUUUUUAGAAGCCCUACGCAAGGGCAUCGAACAGAAUCAGGUGGCAAAAGUAUUUUUGAAAAUGCAUAAGGGAUUCUUAUGUUAUUCAACUUAUUGCAAUUCAUAUCCCCGGGCCUUAAUUGAAUUGGCUUCAUAUGAGAGAGUUAAAGAUGCUCGCACAAUAUUGGAUAAUUGUCGAGAAUUGGAAAAUUUAGCUGAAUUACCCCUAUCCGCUCAUUUGUUGGCACCAGUGCAACGCAUUUGCCGCUAUCCUUUGCACUUAGGAGAAAUGAUUAAAAGUUCGGCCAAGGGUGCAGAACCACCAGCAUUUGCUCUCCAUGAAUAUGAACAAAUCGAUGUUAGUCAGUUGGAUAUACCCGAUACCACAGAGACCAUUGAUAUGGCUCUAGAAGCCAUGAAAUCUGUUACCGAAGCUGUUAAUGAAGGUAAACGUCAUAGUGAAACAAUAGCACGUCAUCAGGCAAGCUUUCAAAACUUCAAAGGUCCUCCUCUACACCUACAUAGUACACGUUUCUUUGUACAAAUCGAUGCCACGCGUCAGAAACAAAAUCUUUGGAAUAGUAGUUGUACUCUAUUUCUCUUCGACAACCAAUUGGUCUAUUGUAAACGUGACAUUAUUAAGAGAUCUAAUUUUAUCUAUAAAGGACGCAUAUUUUUGGACAGAUGCCGAGUGGUGAACGUAAGAGAUGGUAAAAUGUUUGGUCAUACUAUUAAAAACUCGCUGAGAAUUUACUGUGAGGCAAGAGACAAAUGGUUUGAUUUUAGUUUUCGUUCGGCCAAUCGUAAGCAUAGAUUUUUAAAUACCCUAGCUUUGGAGCGACAAUUCGGUGGGAAAUCUUUGUAUAUAUCGGAAAUGACAGGAUUUGAAUAUGCCUUCGAGGAAAGAGAUUAUUCGGAUCAAUCAGAUUAUGAGGGCGGUGAUAGUGGUGAACAGAAAUUAAAAGAAUUUUUAUAUGAAACCAAUUUAAAUACCGGCAACAAUACAAAUACUUCAGGCGAAUCAUCUGUGCCGGAGUCACCAGCUAAAUCUUUUAAAUAUAGUGAUACUUUGCCGCAUAAAAAAACACAAAGACUAGAUACGGCGGCGGGUGCGGCGAAUGAAAAUCAAACAGGUUCUUUGGGACGCAGACGUUUAGGUAAUUGGUUUAGAAAACCCAAAAGUACCGCCUCCACACCCAAUCAAUCACCUACACACAAAACUACACAAUCGGCUCAUUCUACAGGAGAUUUACAAUUAACCGGCACUGAUCUUACCGAAACCUAUACGGUAUUAGAACAUACCGAAAAUGGUGGUGUUAGUUCGUAAAUUUUUCUAGAAAUUUAAUUUGCUAAACAAAAAAACAAUUAUUAAGGAAUCUCAUUUUUAUUAUUAAUAACAAAACGAAAUUUUGUUUAAAAAUUUUCCUUUUUCUCUUUUUAAAACACAAUCUUUUCUCUCUCUUUUUAUCUGUUUGUCUCUUAACUCUCUGUGUAAAAAAUUUGUUUUAUUUUUGUUUUAAAUGUACAAAUGUAUUGGAAAGUCAAUUAUAUAAUUGUUGUUUAAAAAAAAUUGUUAAUUAUUUUAAAAUUUAAACGUAAAAAUAUAUACGCUAUAACACUUUAUUAUGUAAAUUUUGUUUAUUUUUAUUAAUUUAACUUUUUCAAUUAAUUGUACAGUUGUAAAUUUCUUUUUUUUUUAUACUUUUUUAUAUAUUUUAAAAUUAAAUUUUAUUUAUUUGUUUUUAAGUUAACAAAACGAACAAACUGGAAGAUUUGAAAUUAAGUCAUUAAUAUUUGCUAUUAAGUUUUUAAUUUUUUCUUUUUUAUAUUUAAGAAAAAAAUAUUAAAGUUUUUAUUAUUAUUUUAUAAAAUU